UUCCACGCUGCUCAGCACCGCUCUUAUUGUGAAGUCUCUUCCCGGAAGUGACAGGGGCGUUCACGCGGCCGUGCGGUAACGUAAUCAGUCGACGGUGAGUCUCCGCUGCAGUUUCUAACUCUUUAAAACAUUAAUUCUGCGUUUCAUCCUCCGCCAACAUGUCGCACACCGUCAUCACCACCACCACCAGCCGGGCGCCGGGCUCGGAGAGCGGCCUGAACACCGGAUACACCCGCACCAUGCCGGGGCUGCUGCAGGCGGGACAGAUGCUCGCCCUGCUCAUCGCCUUCCUGUGCGUCCACUGCGCUCGCGGCUGGAUCAGCUGGGCGGCCUUCCAGUACUUUGAGGUGGUGACGCUGUGGUUCCUCAUAGCGCUGCUUAUCUUCUUCCUCAUGCACCUGUUCAGGCUGCAGGGGAAGAUGCCCUGCAUCAACUGGCCGCUGACGGAGUUCUUUCAUUACUCCGUCGGGACCGUUCUCAUCUUCAUCGCCUCCAUCGUGGCCGCAGUGAAGAGCGGAGGAGUCUCAGCGCUGGUGGCUGGAUCGGUGUUUGGCUUCAUAGCGACGUUCCUGAUGGCCGUCAGCUUGUGGACGACUUACAGCGUCUCCUGUGGCCAAAACGGUGCGUUCACUCCCCCAUCUGUUUAUUUACUGACAUAA